GGCUGGCAGUGUGUACGGAGGAGCUGGAGGGUCUGGAGUCCGUGUGUCCAAGGCCUCCUUUGUUUCCUCCGCUGGUGCUGGCAGUGGCUUUAACUUGGCUGACGCAAUCGACAUGACUGUGAGCGAGAAAGCCACCAUGCAGAACCUCAACGACCGUCUGGCCACAUACCUGGAGAAGGUGCGCAGUCUGGAGAAGGCCAAUGCUGAACUGGAGCUGAAGAUCAGACAGUUUCUGGAGAACAGAACCCUGCCAGACGCUCACAACUUCACCAGCUUCAACGUCCGCAUCAAAGACCUGCAGGACAAGAUCAAUCUUGCUGCUCAUGGAAACGCUGCCCUCAUCCUUGCUGUGGACAACGCUAAGCUGGCCACCGACGACUUCAGAGUCAAGUGAGUGUGAGACGUUGUGUCUUUUAACAUCAUAUCACAUGGUAUGAUAACGAGCUGGCCAUGCGCCAAAUGGUGGAAGCUGACAUUGCUGGGCUGAAGAGGGCCAUGCAAGAGC